GUACCAGUCGAAUCGGUGAAUAUGGUUUGUUAUUGGGGAAAAUAUUGGUAGAAAAAUUGUCAUUUUCAGUGCGUCACCGUGUCGUAAUUGGCGGAUUGAGUUCUACUAAUAGCAAUUAAUACUCGUCCGACGCUGUAGUAAUUAGGCAUGGCAGGCCAAGGAAUUGACCAAGAAGGUUUCUAUCAAACUGACUACAACUAUGAAGAGCAGCCACAGGCUGGAUAUGAUAUGGGUGGCACAGAGCAAUAUGUGGACAAUCAAUAUGGGGCAUAUGGGUACUCUCAACAAGCUUUUGGACAGCCACCAAUGCAGCCAGGACCAUCUCCAUAUAUGGGACAGAUCAUGACGCCAGGCACAGAAGCAGAAGCAUACACAGAAAGCUUUGAUGAUGAACCACCACUUUUAGAAGAGCUUGGUAUCAAUUUUGAGCAUAUUUAUCAAAAGACUUUAUCAGUAAUGAAUCCAUUUAGGGAUACUGAUCCAGCUGCCAUCCAUGACUGUGAUCUAGCCGGGCCUUUAGUGUUUGCUAUCAUGUUUGGUGCAACACUUCUUCUGGCUGGUAAAGUUCAUUUUGGUUACAUCUAUGGUAUUGGUGGUGUAGGUUGUGUUGCAGUCUGGUUAUUACUUAACAUGAUGAGUUUAACCGGUGUAUCAUUUAAUUGUAUUGUUAGUGUGCUUGGAUACUGUCUUCUACCAAUGGUCUUUCUGUCCACAUUUGCUAUUCUAUUUUCAUUACAAGGCCUAAUGGGAAAUGCUGUAGCUUUUGCUGCUAUAGUUUGGUGCAGUAUAUCUUCUUCAAAGUUAUUUGUCACUGCCUUGGCGAUGGAUUCUCAGCAGUUGUUAGUUGCAUACCCAUGUGCCUUGCUGUAUGGAGUCUUUGCUCUCUUGACUGUGUUUUAAAGUUCACUAUUGGUGAAUCUGAAAGGAUUACAAAGACAUUUUCUAAAGUGAAGAUGCUUCGAAGACUUACAUGCAUAUCUUUACCAACUUGCCACUUUAUAGUGAGAUCAGAACCAGAACUUUUCUAAUCGGUUGUUUUAUAUAAAAACAAAUUACAAGUAUGAUUAAUUCUUUUAUAUUCCUUUUGUUGUCAAGACUGUCAAGAUUAGGGAUAUAUUACACCUAUCAAAUAUGUGAUUUUAAUGGGUAAAUUGUCAAAAUUUCUGGCACCUUUGUAUAAUUUUACUGUAUAUCUCUUUACGUGCAUAUUGGUACAUGUAAUUACCAUAAUAUUAGUUAAAUGUUGUCCUAGUCCUAGACUGUCCACAGUCGGUCAUACCUAAUAUUAAUCUAUUAUUAAUAAAUAUUGUGUAUAAACAUAAUAGGUGUGAAUAAAUUGCGAACACCGACCGGGACUGAAGUCCCUGGUGUGAAAUGCUUAUCAUUUUCCAUCAGAUUGUCUAGGAUACACAAUUACAUUAGACCUGAGGACUAUCGACAGUCUAUCCUAGUCCUAGUCUUGGCGCUAUUUCUCACAUACCAAAUAGGAGUGUAGGAUUUGAGUUCAAAAUGCAUAUAUUUGGGUCCCGGGACAGGGACACUGAUUUGUUGCUGGGUAUCUGAUUAGUCUGUCUGUACUGGAGACACCAUAUGUGAUGUUAGGGGAUUAGUAUAUGAUGCGAGAUAAAUGCAAAUACUAUGGAGCGAGAACAAACAAGUAGAAUCGAUACUUCAAUGCUCUCUGUAAGAUUUAUUCUCAGUUAUUGGCAAUCUGUUGAAGUGCAGGAAUAUUCUGAAAUCUGCAAUGUAUUGUGGGAUAAUGCAUCUGAAUUCAAGAUGAACAUGAACCACUUCAGUUGUCUUGAAACGCAUCAAGAAACUGAAGAAAACUAAUUUUAUGUUAUAUAUGUCUUACUUUGAUCGCAACUGUAAAAGCUGAAUUGAACUACAAAUAAUUUUGUAUCAAGUUUAGUUUUCUAUUUAUUCUGCAGCAGUGUCUGUAGUGCCUAAUGUCAUCAGUCAUACAUUGUGCUAUGUUAAAAUAUGUAUUUUGCUAAUAAACUUUGUGCUGGGAAUACUAUACAGUAAAA